GUGUCCCCCACGAUUUCCCCCCUCGCCUCACACCAACCCCCUCGAGUGAGCCUUGGGAGAAAGGAGCGCAAAAUGUCCGGGUUUAGCCCCGAGCUCAUCGAGUAUCUCGAGGGGAAAAUCUCCUUCGAGGAGUUCGAGAGGCGCCGAGAGGAGCGCAAAAGCCGCGAGAAGAAGGAUGGAGGAAAUGUGCUCACGGAAGAAAACGUAGACGAUCCUGAUGGUCCAUCUACUUCUGGGCAUGGUUUGAAUGUGGCACCUGAGGUUCACAGUGAAGUGGAAGAAGAGACAUCGGAUGGGGUCAGCAAAUCUGUCCAUCGAGUUUUUGCUUCCAUGAUGGGAGAAAAUGAAGACGAGGAAGAUGAAGAGGAGGAGGAAGAAACCUCCGAACAACCUACAGCAGGGGAUGUUUUUGCCCUGGAAAUGGUGCUUAAUAGAGAAACAAAGAAAAUGAUGAAGGAAAAACGGCCCCGCAGUAAGCUACCCCGGGCCCUGAGAGGCCUCAUGGGGGAAGCCAACAUCCGGUUUGCCCGCGGAGAACACGAGGAGGCCGUUCUGAUGUGCAUGGAGAUCAUCAGGCAAGCCCCGCUGGCGUACGAGCCCUUCUCGACGCUCGCCAUGAUCUACGAAGACCAAGGCGACAUGGAGAAAUCCUUGCAGUUCGAACUGAUCGCUGCUCACUUGAACCCCAGCGACACAGAGGAGUGGGUGCGGCUAGCCGAAAUGUCGCUCGAGCAGGACAAUAUUAAGCAGGCCAUUUUCUGCUACGCCAAAGCCCUGAAAUACGACCCCACCAACGUGCGCUACCUGUGGGAGAGAUCGAGCCUGUACGAGCAGCUGGGGGAACACAAGCUGGCGAUGGAUGGCUACAGGCGCAUUUUGAAUCUCCUGACCCCUUUCGACGGCGAGCGCUUCAUGCAUUUGGCGAGGGAUAUGGCCAAAAGUUACUAUGAAGCCAAUGAUAUCGCAGCUGCGAUCGAGAUCAUGGAGGAGGCCUUCAGCAAACACCAGAACCUCGUGUCUGUGGAGGAUGUGAAUAUCGCCGCCGAACUGUAUAUUUCUAACAAGCAGUAUGACAGAGCGUUGGCGGUUAUUACAGACUUUUCGGGGAUUGUGCUUGAGAAGAAAGACGAGCGAGAAAGGGAAACAUCUGAGGAGAAUGAAGGUACUGGGGUUAUUGAAAUGGAGGAAGGACAAGGAUUGACAACCGACCACCAAGACGGUGCCCGUAAAACCACUUCUGUUUCAGAAAAGGUCACCUGCUCUAUCCCAGAGGGGGUUCCCAUAGACAUCACGGUGAAACUCAUGGUCUGCUUGGUGCACUUGAACAUCUUGGAGCCUCUCAACCUCCUGUUAACAACUCUUGUGGAACAAAACCCUGAGGACAUGGGGGACCUGUACCUUGACGUGGCAGAAGCCUUCCUUGAUGUCGGGGAGCACAAUUCCGCGCUCCCCCUCCUGAGUUCCCUGGUCUGCUCAGAGAGAUACAACUUGGCUGUCGUUUGGCUUCGCCACGCAGAGUGCCUGAAGGCACUGGGCUACAUCGAGCGAGCGGCCGAGAGCUACGCCAAAGUGGUGGACUUGGCCCCCCUCCACUUGGAUGCCCGGAUCUCCCUCUCGACUCUUCAGCAGCAGCUGGGCCGGCCCGAGAGAGCCCUGGAAGCCCUUGAGCCCAUGUACGACCCUGACACCCUGGCGCAGGAUGCCAACGCUGCCCAGCAGGAAUUAAAACUGCUGCUCCAUCGUUCGACACUUUUGCAUUCGCAGGGGAACAUGUACGGCUACGUGGAUUCUCUGCUCACCAUGCUGGCCAUGCUCCUGAAGGUGGCGAUGAACCGAGCUCAGGUGUGCUUAAUCUCCAGUUCCAAGUCUGGCGAGAGGCAUCUCUACCUUAUUAAAGUAUCGAGGGACAAAAUCUCAGAUAGCGAUGACCAAGAAACCACCAACUGCGAUGCUAAAGCGAUCUUUAUGGUGCUGACCAGCGUGCUGCCGAAGGACGACUGGUGGAACCUUCUCCUGAAGGCCAUCUACGCCCUCUGCGACCUGGCACGCUACAAGGAGGCGGAGCUGCUGGUGGACUCCUCCCUGGAGUACUAUUCCUUCUACGACGACCGGCAGAAGCGCAAAGAGCUGGAGUACUUUGGCCUCUCGGCUGCAAUUUUGGACAAGAAUUUCAGGAAAGCCUACAAUUACAUCAGGAUCAUGGUCAUGGAACACGUCAAUAAGCCUCAGCUCUGGAACAUCUUCAACCAAAUCACCAUGCACUCGCAAGAAGUCCGGCACCAUCGUUUCUGCCUGCGGCUGAUGCUGAAACACCCCGACAGCCACGCCCUUUGCGUCUUAAACGGCCACAACGCUUUCGUGUCUGGCAGUUUCAAGCACGCCCUCGGGCAAUACGUGCAAGCUUUCCGGACCAAUCCCGAGGAGCCCCUCUACAGCCUCUGCAUUGGACUAACUUUCAUCCACAUGGCAUCCCAGAAGUAUGUGUUGAAGAGGCACGCGCUCAUUGUCCAGGGCUUCUCCUUCCUCCACCGCUACCUGCAGCUCCGUGGCUCCUGCCAAGAGUCUUUGUACAAUUUAGGGCGUGGCCUCCACCAGCUGGGAUUGGUCCAUCUGGCCAUUCCCUACUACAAGGCAGCCCUGGAGCUCCCCCCACUGGUCUUGGAGGGCAUAGAGGCUGACCAGACAGACUUGCGCAGAGAUAUCGCCUUCAACUUAUCGCUCAUCUAUCAGAGCAGCGGGAAUCUCAGAAUGGCUCGGAAGCUGCUGUAUACCCAUGGGGCUGUGUGACGGAGCUGCGGGCAUCGCAAAAGGAGGGGCAAGAGGCCACUGAACAACCGUGAGGGAUGAGGCCCCGCCCUUUGAGGGGGGGCGGCACGCACAUACACGAAAUGUUGAGAAGAGUUCAGACCUGUAGAAUUACAGCGUUCAAUGUUGUGAUAUAUACAUUUGGGUUGUCAGUUCUGAGGUACUUUUCCUCAGCGGUUGAAGGGCAAUUUCAGGCUGCCUGACUUUACCAAGGACGUUCCCCACCUAGAGAAGGGCAAUAUUUUCUGUCCUGGAAAAAAUAGAGACCCAGUAAACAGCAUUACGAGUCCUUCUUAAAAGGGAGUCAGACUUUUUCUUUCAGCCAUUUUGUUCAGAAGUGUUGUUUGCGAGCUCCAGAGCGUAGAACAACGCCCUGUUUAGGGACUGCACCGGUUGAGAGGAUCACAUGUAAACUUAAUGAACCAUUUGGGCAUACACGCGUCUUCUUGUUUCAUAAACAAAUGUCAUUUUUCCGA